AAAAAAAACAAAAACAAAGUCACAAUUAAUAUCAAACAACAAAAUAGUGUUUGUUUAUGUAAAAAGUUAACGAAAAAAAAAUUCUGAUUUCAAUUGAUUGAAUCAAAUGUCAUCUGCUCUAACAUCGGCCUCUAUAACACCAUCAUCAAUUGGUCAAUGUACGAUUGGGACCGACAUUGUGGUUUCAGCACCAGCAACAACAAAAACCAAUGUUACUAAUUCUAUCAAUAACAGUGGUCAAACGACAAACAAUUUAAUUAUUCAUGAUAAUUAUCCAUCAUCACGAUCAACAAAUGCUCAUCAGUCAGUAAUUCAUGAAACAAAAUCAUUAUCAACAGCAACAAUGGCUAGUGCAUUGAAUCUGGCCCAAGUAGCUACCACAACAGCACCCGUUGUAGCAAUGGUAACCAAUGGUGGCAGCGGAAAUGUUGAUUCGUCAAUGUCUAAUCCAUCAUCAACAUCAUCAUCAUCAACCUCCGCGGUUGCUACCGCAGCAACAACCACAAUGAUUGGACAGCCACCAAAUCAAUUGACAUUACAACAAUUUAAACAACAAUUGAUUGAAUUAAAACAACAACAACAUCUUCAACAACAGUUGUUAUUGCAACAUUUUCAACAACAACAACAACAAUUGAAUGAACAUCAUGAAAAACAAUUACAGGAACAUAUUCGAGAAUAUAUUGAAAAACAGAAGAUUGAAAGAGAAAAAUCUGAACAACAACAAGCUGCGGCGGCAGCAGCAGCAGCAGCCGCUGCACAAGCUCGUGUUGAACAACAAUUAGAACGUGAUCGACAACAACAAGAAAAAGAACGUCUGGAAAAAGAAUUGUACAAAUUGAAGAAAAAAGAUGGACCAUCAGCCAGUGCAUCAAUCGAAGUAAAACAACGUCUACAGGAAUUUGUAUUAGCUAAAAAACAACGUGAAGCAGCCGCUGCAGCAGCAGCAGCUGCUGCUGCCGCUUCAGGUGGAAAUAAUUCCGCUGUUACAUCAUCAUCGGGUUCAACGGGUGUUGGUACGCCUUCACCACCAACACCAUCAUCAACAACAUCAUCAUCACGUAUUUUACCAUGGCAUACAACAUUAGGCAAAUAUGAUAAUGAUUUUCCUCUGCGUAAAACCGCAUCCGAACCUAAUCUAAAAGUACGAUCUGCACUAAAAGCUAAAGUGAUACAACGUCGUAGUUCACCAUUGCUUCGUCGUAAGGACAAACCAUCACCGCUUAAACGUCGCACCAUGUCAAAUGAUGUAUCCAAUGGCAUUCCAGAAAAUUCUUGUUCACCACCAAGUGGUGGUGUACUUAGUCAUCAAUCGAGCUUUGGUUCCGGUGGUUCAGGAUCAACACCAAUACAGGAGGAAUCAAGUCAAUCACCAUUCAAUGGGAUGGCACAAAAUUCUUCUGCAUGCGAUCUAGCAUUAUAUUCAUCACCAUCAUUGCCAAAUAUUUCCCUUGGUCGACCACAUCAUGUACCAUCAACAAAUACAACAUCGGUCAUAACAUAUCCAUCGGAUAUCAAACCGACGGUAUCGAAUAUGAGCGAAUUACAAAUGAGAGCAUUACGUCUUGGUAUGCCAUUAGCUGCAGCUGCAGCAGUAGCAGCAGCAGCGGCUGCUUCAUCUCAAACAUCCGCAUCUAUCCAUUCCUCCCAUACACCAUUUUUUCCAUCAUUACCAGUCAUUGAAGGCGAUUUCACUCCACCAUCCAGUCCAAAUAAUCUUCAAAAACAAUUGAAAUUGUUGGAAGAAACAGCAGCUAGAACGACCACUGUAAACCCAAAUUCAUUAUCGAACAACCACAAUAAUAAUUCGGCUAAUGGUCAUUCUACAUCCCAAUCACCUAUUCAAUCAUCAUCAACGAUAACAAAUUCAUCAUCAUCAUCAUUAAAUCAGGCAUUCUCACCGGCGGCUGCAUUAGCUAAUUCGGCUGCAAUGUAUUCAUAUGCAACAGCAGCCGCAGCUGUAGGCAUUCCAGUAUCAGAUAAUAUGGCUGCUGCUUCCGCUGCUGCUGCUGCCCUUUCAUCCAUCUAUCAUCAACGAUUAUCAUCGACCAAUAAUAAUAACAUUAGUAGUACCUAUUCUAUAACGGCUGGUGGCCCAAUACGACCAACUGCGGCAUUACAUGCUGCUCGUAUAGUACAACGACCAUUAGGCCGGACGCAAAGUGCACCAUUACCAUUGGGUCAUCCUGCAUUAUUACCUGGUGGGUCAUCUAGCUCAAGUCAAUCAUCAAUGAAACAACCACAAACAACCUCUAGUCUGGUUAAACAACAUAUACGUAAUGCCGUAUUAACAAGAGCGUCCAGUAAAGGACAAAUGGUCGAAAAUGUUGAAGAAGAAACGGAAGCAGCAGUUGCGGCCGAAGAGUUGAUGCAUGAAAAUGAUCAAUCUAAUCAAACACUGAAGAAAACCAAAGGUAAUCCCGAAGACAUAUCCGAUCAAGUUAUUGAUCUGACUAAGAAAAGAUCGGCUAAUGAAGAAGAAUCAUCAUCAUCAACUAGUCCAAACACAACAAAUAUCAUCAAUUCAAAUACAGCUGCCGAUAUGAUGUUUCCGACGCAUAUGUCACCAUUUCGUUUAACAUCAACAACCAGUGCAAGUAAUAUUCAACAAGCCAUACAAAAUCAGCAAAUUCAGCAACAACAACUUCAACAACAACAACAAUAUUAUUUCCCAUUUUUAGGUGUUACAAAUACAGCAUCCAUAUUACCAACAACACCAUUGGCUACCUAUCCAUUUAUUGAUCCCACAUGGGCAGCAUUCUAUCAAAGAGCUGGUGUUACCGGUGGUAAUUAUUUACCAACGACUGCUGGUAAUAGUGCAUUCCGUUCACCUUUAUUAUCUGCUGGUAGUUCAUCGUCAACAACGCCAUCAACAGCAGCUCAAUUAUUAAUGCAUCAUCAUACACCGAAUAGUCAUUAUCCUUCACAUUUUCUACAUAAUCAUCAUCAUCAUCAUAAUCAGCCAACAAAUCCUGGUCGACCAUUAUCGCGCACAUUAUCUAGUCCACAAGUGAUGCUUAGUCACAAUAAUAAUCAUAACAAUAGUGGUCACAAUACCUCACCUGAAAGUCCAGCAACGGGAACAACUAGUCCAGAUCUUAUAAAUAAUUAUCAACAGCAACAACAACAGCUGCCACCACCAAAUGGAAGUUAUCGUUUUACAACCGCAUUAGUUUAUGAUAGUUUUAUGCAAAAACAUCAAUGUAAUUGUAAUGACACAUUUCAACAUCCGGAACAUGGUGGUCGACUACAAAGUAUAUGGGCCCGUAUUACUGAAACUGGAUUAGCUGGUCGUUGUGAGCGUCUUCGAUCUCGUAAGGCUACUUUGGAUGAAAUACAAACUUGCCAUAGUGAAGCUUAUACAUUAUUAUUUGGAUCCUCAUUACAUAAUCGACAUAAAAUUGAUCCAAAUAAAUUAGCUGAUUUGCCCAUCAAAUCUUUAGUCAUGCUACCAUGCGGUGGAAUUGGUGUUGAUUCUGAUACAACAUGGAAUGAAAUACAUACAGCCGGUGCUGCUCGUAUGGCUGCCGGUUGUGUUAUUGAAUUGGCCACUCGCGUGGCAUUGAAAGAAGUCAAAAAUGGUUUUGCUAUUGUUCGCCCACCAGGUAGCCAUGCUGAAUAUCAGCAACCAAUGGGAUUCUGUUUUUUUAAUUCUUUGGCCAUUGCUACCAAAAUUAUUCAACAAAAAUUGAAUUUAAAACGGAUACUAGUUGUCGAUUGGGAUGUACAUCAUGGUAAUGGGCUUCAACAAUCUUUCUACGAUGAUCCUGGCGUUUUAUACAUUUCAUUGCAUCGUCAUGAUGAAGGUAAUUUUUUCCCCGGUACUGGUAAUUUAAAUGAAAUCGGUAUCGGCCCGGGUGUCGGUUUUAAUGUGAAUAUUGGAUUCAACGGUGCGUUGAAUCCACCGAUGGGUGAUGCUGAAUAUGUUGCAGCAUUUCGUACAAUCGUUAUGCCUAUCGCUCGUCAAUAUGAUCCAGAAAUAGUUCUAGUCGCUUGCGGAUUUGAUGCUGCACGUGGACAUCCAGCACCAUUAGGUGGUUAUCUUGUUUCACCUGCAUGUUUUUCCUAUAUGACUCAGCAAUUGUUGACACUGGCCAAUGGCCAAGUGGUUAUGGCGCUUGAAGGAGGAUACGAACUGACAGCUAUUUGCGAUUGUGCUCAAGCUUGUGUAUCAGCAUUGCUUGGUGAUCAGGUGACAGCCAUUUCUGAAGAAGAAGUUACACGUAAACCAACACCAAUUGCUGUUGAUCUUUUGAAUCGGGUAAUACAGAUUCAAUCACAACAUUGGUCAAAUCUACGACGAUAUGCACAUUUGGUCAAUUGUGAUGCAUUAGAAGCACAACGUAAAGAGAUUGAAGAAUGUGAAACAGUCUCGGCAAUGGCUUCAUUGACUAUGACACAUGUACAAAGUCCCGAAUCAGUAACCGAACAAACAGAAAUCAUGUUGGAUGAACCAAUGGACGAAGAUAGUGGUGGUAAUAGUGGUAACGGAAAAUAAAUAAUAAAUCAACCAAAAAAAGAAACCUAAAACAACCCGUAAUAACCAAA